AUGACUCCCGAUACUGACAAGAAGAAACUGACACUUACCAAGACUGUGAGCAGCAGCCCCGGGAACAGCAAACUCAGGGUUACGCCCACAACCACAACCAAUACUAUGAUGCCACCAUUACACGGAACUUCGGCAGCUACCCGAACCAUGGAAGGGAGCUACGAAGACCCUGACAAGGGUGCUUCUGAAUCAAGACUACAAGACCAGGAGUGCCUUAUGACCAGAGGAGAUCCAAACUCCGUAGAUGGCAUGACUACUAAGACCGGACGAGACGAGUCCCCUACUAACGAUGAAGACCAAGCUCUCGGCAUCAGACGAAUCGAAUACCUGACCGAUGAAGCACACAAGACUCCAGGGUUCCCGCUGGACGCGACCCUGCAGACAAGUAUAACACAACAACCAAAUGAAACUUACACCAACACUGAAUCACCGCGCUUGCAAGCGGUUGACCCAGCAAGCUUUAAAGGCGCUACGAUUCCCCCGCCCCUUACGAACGCGAAGGCUGACACCCGGCCUCCCGGUCUAAAGGCCGCCAGCUUCAAAAACCGGGGAUCAAAGAAGCUUAGACCUCCCGCUACGCCCGGACCGCGUUCGGCAAAGACAGGGGAGCCCACGAACCUGACAGCCACCCCUGGUUACGAAACUGGGCCUUCUCCCAGGGUGACUCCCGUCUUUACGGAAGCCCAAAUCGAAGCGAUCAUGCGGGGCGACCUAACGGGCAUCCCCGAGUCUCGGCACGUAGAUAUCGAGGAGCGCCUGUACCCUGUCUCACCAGCCGACCUGAAACGUCAGCUCGUCCGACUCAAACAAGAAAGAAAGGAUGUCACUCAAGAGGAUAUUGUAAAGGUGGUUACAAUGGCCCUUCGCCGGCCCUUGACACGGGACGACGCACAUUUGUUCGAGUCACCUUCGAACAUCGACGAUCCCGAUCGCUGGCUCGAUUGGUUCUCCAGUACCCUGAAAACAUGCGACGAGGCCCGGACGGCUAACCGCAACUUUAAAAACGCACGAGUGGCGAUUAUUUCCGACACGCGGUGGUCACGUUUCCAGCGAAAAAACCUGGCCUCAAACGAGCUACCCGGCUUUGGACCCAUCCCUGAAACCGAUUGCACGCCACCCGAGGGUGACGUCCUACCUAUCGGCGGUACUAAAAUUCCCCGUCUACCCGCUCAGCAACUGGUCAAAGUCCACGGAGCCGUACAGUACCACUUAACCGACGACAGGGCCUCUUUCACCCUACCAUUAAGGGACUUGGAACUCACACGACUACCCUCGGCCAUCUGGCGCAUCCGUCGCAGGACGCUCUCAUCUCGGCGCCACUACCUGGACCUCGUCCUCGGAGGCCAUCACAUUGAAAGCAACCCCGCCCCCCUUGACGGCCGGUCGCAAACCCCGGAGUCUCUCUCCCCGGGGGCCGUUGACUCAAACGAUCCUCUCGAGGCCCCGACGGUCGAAUUGCCGUUCCUGGGCCUAAACGAUGACGAGCUCCUUUCAAUGGUAGUACCAUUCCCUCGACCAGACCAAAAGGUGUGCCAAGUGGGUUCCAAUCCAAACGCCCCGUUGGUUCAGGUCUGCAUCCAAACGGCGGACACGCUCGCGUUAGUGAAUACAGGAGCUUCCGUGACGGUAAUUAGCGAGGCGUUCUGGAACGAACUCGGGAGCCCUCCUCUCAAAAACCGGCGUAUGGGUUGGUCUCGGCAUCCAACACGCCUAUACGAACGCUUGGCCUCCGGUACCUCAGCAUCACUCUAG